AUGCUGGCCUCGUUUGCCGUUGCAGCUCUCUGCGCUGGGCUGGUUGCCAGCUCCCCUCUGCGAGUUCGCUCUCCAUAUGUUGUAAAGGAGUCUCAUUUCCUUCCCAGCAAAUGGGAGAGAGUUGGUCCCGCUCCGGCAGACCAUGUAGUUAAUCUCCAGAUCGGUCUCAAGCAGAGUCAAUUCGACGAGCUCGAGCGGCAUUUACAUGAAGUGUCCGAUCCCGAUCAUGGUCGCUAUGGUCAGCAUCUCUCAGUGUCUGAGGUUAACGACUUGACCAAACCUUCGGACGACACCUGGGAUUUGGUCCACGAUUGGCUUCUCGGCAAUGGCAUCCACCCUUCGCGCCUCCAGUACAAUCCGGCAAAAGACUGGAUUUCAGUCUCCCUUCCUAUCAAUGCUGUUGAGAGCUUGCUCGAUACUAAGUACUCUGUUUUUGGACAUGAGGAUGGCGAUUAUCUUGUGCGAACACCGGAGUGGUCACUCCCUCAGCACCUCCACAAGCAUAUCGAUGUUGUUCAACCGACCAACUCAUUCUUCAGACCCCAGAAACUAGGUAGGAUGUUAAAAACCGUUGAGGAAAUCUCAGAAAAGCAGUGGCAUCCACUUCCUUCCCCAUCACCACCGAAAUACACCCCAGGCGGUGAUGCAGUUUCGGUAUGUAACACAUCGGCCGUGACACCCCUCUGUCUACGGACCCUCUAUGGCACUGUGGAUUACGUACCCCAAGUCCCGGGGAAGAACAAAGUCGGGCUCACUGACUAUCUCGCGGAAUCCAACAAUCGAUCCGACACAGCUCUUUUCCUCGAGCAAUACCGUCCCGAGGCCGUGUCCGCUGCCAAAGACUUCAAAGUCGUGGUAAUUGCAGACGGGAAUGACGAACAGACGCAGGAGACACCCGAGGAACUGGCAGCAGGUAAAGAUCUCGAAGGAAACCUUGACGUAGAGACGAUUAUCGGCAUUGGAUGGCCCACGCCUCUUAUUGCCUAUACGACUGGUGGAUCACCACCCUUCACGCCUGAUCUAACAACGCCAUCAAAUACAAAUGAACCAUAUCUUGAAUGGGUGAACUAUGUGCUCGGGCAAGAUGAUCUCCCCCAAUCCAUCUCCACAAGCUACGCAGACAGCGAGCAAACUGUCCCAUACUCAUACGCCAAAUCAGUAUGUGGCAGCUUCGCAAAACUCGGCGCCAGAGGAAUCUCUCUCUUCUUCGGCUCUGGCGAUAACGGAGUGGGACGGUCUGGGGACUGCCUCACCAACGACGGCAAGAACACUUCUACAUUCCUAGCACUGUUCCCCACCUCCUGCCCCUAUAUCACCUCCGUCGGAGCCACCAAAUUCAUCCCCGAAGUCGUCGCCACCGAUGCCCGCAACGGAUUUGUUUCCGGCGGCGGCUUCUCGAGAUACUUCCCUCGUCCCUCAUACCAGGACCACAUCGUCCCCCGCUACGUCGAAUCCCUCGGAGACCAAUUCAAAGGUUUAUACAACAAGGAAGGCCGUGGAUAUCCUGAUCUUGCAGCCCAAGGAUACCACUACGUGACCGUCUGGAACGGAACCAUUGUCUCUCUGGACGGGACUUCGGCGUCAACUCCCACCAUAGCUGCGAUUAUCAGUCUCGUAAAUGAUGCUCUUAUCGCGGAUGGCAAGCCACCGUUGGGAUUCUUGAACCCUUGGCUGUAUAAGAGAGGAUAUAGAGCUUUCACGGAUGUUACGAGCGGGAGCGCUAGUGGCUGUAAUAGCACGGGGUUCCCGGCUCAGGAGGGUUGGGAUGCUGUGACUGGUUUUGGUACUCCGUACUUCCCUAAAAUCCUUGAUAUCUUGGACGUUGAGCCGAAAAAGGGGCAUCACGGGUCAUAG